GCCACCAUAACGGGCUCAACUCUGGGGAUGCCAGACCAACUGGCCAACGAGUCCAAUACCGAGUACAAACAGCGGUUCCAGACUCAGCUCGCACUGAUCGAGAUUGAGGAACAGCGCCAGGUGGCAGCGGAGGCUGUCCGCCUACAGGCUGAAGCGGCGGCAACAGCUGAGAAGCAGCGGCUUCAGGCCGAAGCAGACGCAGAUACCCAGGCACGCCGCAAGGAAGCCCUGGAUCUGCUACAGCGUCAGGAAGCCACCAACAUCGAAAAGCUCAAGUUUUGGCACUUUGAACCAGCCGAGGAGCACGACGACGCGACACCUGAGGAGCAACUCAAGGAAUUCAUGGCCAAACUCGUGGCGAGGUUGGCUUACACUUGUAACCACCUGCAGUCCGAGCUGGCGAUUCUUCGACGAGCAAUGCAGAACCACAAGGAUCUGCACGAGGAUGCUACACGGGCACUUCAUUCCCGUGUACAGGACUUGGAGCAAGUUGCACCAAGACCGAACGCUGGCGAGACCAGCAGUGCACCCUCUACCCGCCAGUUGGAGGAACGAGUUGACCACGUAGUCGCAAUGCUCAGCGACGUCAGUACCUUCGCUGCACCAGCCACCAUCAACAACCAGCUGGGCACCUUGAAGAUCGAGGUUCAGCAACUGCAGCUGCCUAACAAAGAUGGCAACACCGCACAACACUACAAGAUGCCGACAUUCCAAAUCGAGAAGUUCGAUGAUUAUAUGCAUCAAGACCCGGUCCUCUGGUGGGAGGGCUUUACAACGCAACUUCGGAUUUUGUUCGUCGCCAAGCACGUGUACAUCGGCGCGCUGUUCCUCAACUCAAAGGGCGGAUGCCAGAUCUGGUUGAGCCACCUCGCAACCGUCCACGGCGUCGACAUCGCAGAUCUGAAAGAUAAGAUCUCUUGGGAAGAGUUAACACGGCUAUGGAAGAAGCUGUUCAUCGUGGACGACGCGCCAACACUCGCCAUCAACCACCUUUUCGCUAUGACGCAAGGCAACACAUCGACACGUGACUGGCUCACGGAAUGGCAAAAAAUCGCGGCAACGCCCGAUCUUGACUUGCCAUUUUCGCAUCUGCGCCGGGAGUUCUACAACCGGUCAUGUGCCGCCUUGAGCCUUGCACUUGGUAAUCGCGAGCAAUACGCAACCUUUGCUGAAAUCAUCGACAAGGCAAGGGAGAUCAUCAAGACCAAUAGGGCAGCUGCACACAAGAAAUCAGCAUGGCAGCCAGCCUGCUAUUGGUGCAACAACACCAAGCACAAGACCUCCCAAUGCCCUGAUCAAGGCAAGGAGGAUGUUCAGCCUCGUGUCAACUCGGGAAACCGAGUUCCGCGGGAGGCGGUGUCCUUUGAUAUUUUGGACACCAAAUUCGACAUGAUCUUCGGCAUGUCAUGGCAGCGAAGCGAGGAUCACCCGGUGAACUUCUACCGCCGCACCGUUCACGUUCGUGAUCGGAACGGAGUACUAGUCCCAUGCACGGUGCCUCCUCCUCACCCUUCGAUCAGCUACCACGUGGUGUUCGCCACAAGCAUGCGAGCUUCCAUCAUCAGAGACGACAUUGAGGAGAUGGGGGUGUGUUUUCUCCACGCCCUCCCGCCCCAUGACGCUUCAUCGACGGACUCAUCUUCGGACCCACGCAUCACCGAGCUUCUCGACGCCUACGGCGACGUGUUCGAAGGCCCGCACGGAGUAGUACCGGAUCGGCCCAUCCGCCACGAGAUCAUUCUCGCGGACGGGGCUAUACCUCCGCGUGGUUGCAUCUACCGAAUGAGCGAGGAAGAGUUAAGUGUGCUACGGGCACAACUCGACGACCUUCUAGAGAAAGGCUGGAUUCAGCCUAGCUCAUCGCCAUACGGUGCUCCCGUUCUCUUCGUCCGGAAGAAGAACAAGGAUCUGUGGUUGUGCAUCGAUUAUCGCAAGCUCAACGAGCAAACGGUCAAGAACGUCGGCCCUCUUCCACGCAUUGACGACCUCCUCGAACGGCUGGGCGGCGCCAAGUUCUUCUCCAAGCUAGACCUCAAAUCGGGAUAUCACCAACUCAAGAUCCGGCAGGAGGACCACUCUAAGACCGCGUUUAAGACGCGAUAUGGGCAUUUCGAAUGGCUCGUUAUGUCGUUUGGCCUUACGAAUGCCCCAACCACUUUCCAAGUGGCUAUGACAACGGAGUUCCGACACAUGCUGGAUCGAUUCGUACUUAUCUACCUCGACGACAUUUUGGUGUACAUUCGGAGUUUGGACGAGCAUGUGGAGCACCUGCGCACCGUUUUGGAGCGGCUACGACAAGCCAAGUACAAAGCCAACCGCGACAAGUGCGAGUUCGCACAGCAGGAGCUGAAGUACUUGGGACAUUAUGUGACGCCGGAAGGCAUCCGUCCGCUUGCGGACAAGAUCGAGGCCAUCCGCGUAUGGCCCGAGCCCACCAACACCACGGACGUUCGUUCAUUCAUGGGAUUGGCGGGCUACUAUCAGCAAUUCAUCAUCAGAUACUCAAGGAUUGCCGCACCUAUGACGAUAUUACAAUCGCCAAAGGUGCCAUUCGUAUUCGAUGACGACGCACGCCGGUCAUUCCAAGCACUUAAGACGACCAUGCUCAUGGCACCCGUCCUUAGCAUCUACGACCCCACCCUGUCUACGAGAGUGACAACUGACGCUUCCGGCUAUGGCAUUGGGGCAGUUUUGGAACAACACGACGGCGACGACUGGCACGCUGUGGAAUAUUUCAGCCACAAAGUGCCUCCCAUCAAUUCGCUUGAUGAUGCAAGGAAGAAGGAGCUGCUCGCGUUCGUGAUGGCUUUCAAGCGACGGCGGCACUUCCUCCUUGGGCGUCGAAGGUUCACAUGGGUCACGGACAACAACCCAUUGACCUACUACAAGUCGCAGGAUACGGUGAGCAGCACGAUCGGACAACGGAUGUACUCCAUCGACCAAUUUGACCUCACACUGAAACAUGUCCCCGACCUCUCCAAUCGCGCAGCAGAUGCACUCUCGCGAAGACCCGAUCUUUGCGCUAUGACACAUCAUGCCUUCGCAUUCGACAAGGAACUCCAGCGACACUUCAUCCGAGGCUAUGAGUUUGAUUCGGACUUCGCCUCCAUCGGCCAGCCACUAUCGCAUUGCAGACGGGUACUUGCUCCUCCACUCGAGAGGCAAGGACUUAUUGUGUGUCCCACGAGACCGUCGUCUUCGGACUCGCCUUCUCGGGGAGUACCAUGACUCGCGACUCGCCGGCCAUGUCGGAGUCAACCGCAUUAUUGCAGGGCUUCGACAACGAUUCUGAUGGCCCGACCUCA